AUGUUCGGGAUUACUUAUUGCCUUUUUGUGUAUAUUUUACCACAGAUUGCACCCUUCUUAGUUGUGGUGGCCAUCACAACGGUUGUUCACAGUGCUCCGCAUGUAGUGAGGACAGUCGAAUCGGCGAAUGGGCCAGCUCCCAGUGUGCCAGUACAAAAAAUUGCUCCAAGUCCUACGACGACCCCAGCGCAGCAUACGAUCGAGAACGACGAACCACAGACGCGUGCGAAACGAGCGAUCAUCUUCCGGCCACUGUUCGUCUAUCGGCAGCAAGAAAUUAAAAGACAGAAGGCCAAAGAAAUGAGGGAACAGCAACAACGGCCGCAGACAACCCAAAAGCCUCAUACAGUGCAAUAUUACGCGCAACGAUACCCGUACCAGUGCUGUUGA